AUGGAGACAAGUAUUAUCAUAUCAUUAAUAUUCCAUAUUUAUUGGUGCUUCAUUGGUGUUACUAUUGCUAAUCCUGAUGCAAAACGUUUAUACGAAGAAUUAAUUCAAGUACGUGCCUAUAAUAAACUAAUUCGUCCAGUUAAACAUAAUAGUGAAAAAUUAACUGUUUAUUUGGGACUUCGAUUAACACAAUUACUUGAUGUGGACGAAAAAAAUCAAAUAAUGACAACAAAUGUUUGGCUUAAACAGGUAAUAUCAUGA